GGAUGUAUCUUCAUUUUUAUAUUUUCUCUUUUCUAUUUUCCAAGGUGGUAACAGUCCAAAGGACUUAUUGGGAAUAUCGGAAGAAGUCGAGAUCAACCCAGUACAGAGACUUUUGUUUCUUGCUCGCGUGUCACCAGAAACCUCACAGACGUCGAAAAAUCCUGUCUCAGGCCAAAACCAACAGAGAGUAGAAAGAGAAUUGGGAAUUAGGGGUUUUUUUUUAAUUGUUUCUGUUCAUGAACUUCUCUCCCUAAAAUUGCCUCUGCAAUUUCUUCAUCUCUCUGCAAAUCCAUGUCGGAUCAUGAGGAUGUUUCUCCUCUCAUCGCUCCUUCUCCGAUGGCCGAACCCUCCGAGAUCGACCUCGAAGCCGGUCAGGGAGAGCAAAUCCAGUGCAGAAUUUGCCUCGAAACCGAUGGUAGGGAUUUUAUUGCUCCUUGCAAGUGUAAAGGGACAUCCAAGUACGUUCACCGGGAAUGUUUGGAUCAUUGGCGAGCUGUGAGGGAAGGGUUUGCAUUUGCUCAUUGCACAACCUGCAAGGCCCCUUAUCAUUUGAGAGUUCAUGUUGUUGCUGAUAGGAAAUGGCGAACGUUGAAAUUUCGGUUCUUUGUGACUAGAGACAUUAUAUUUAUAUUUCUGGCAGUUCAGCUUGUAAUUGCUUCAUUUGCAUAUUUGGUGUACUUAAUAGAUGGUUUCCAGCAGUUCUGGCUUCGACUAGCAUGGGGUUUUGACAGUGAAAUUAGUUUCUACUACAUAUGUGGAGCACUGUUGUUUUUUGCUUUGCUGGGAUUAUCUGGGUGCUUCAUAACUUGCUACGAUCGAAGGGUGCGAAAUGAUCUGGCUCAGCCUUGUCGAGAGUUAUGUCUUUGUUGCUGUCAGCCCGGAAUGUGUGCAGACUGCCAUUUACCAGGCACUCUUUGUAUGUGGACUGACUGCACAACAUGCUUUGAAAGUUGUGCAAGCACAGCAGGUGAAUGCGGCUGCUUAGGAGGUGCUGGCGAGGCAGGCUUGCCAUUGUUAUUUAUUAUGGCUUUGAUUGUACUAGGACUGUUUACUGUGAUUGGCAUAUUCUACAGCGUAUUGGUGGCUACAAUGGUUGGACAACGCAUUUGGCAGAGGCAUUAUCACAUACUUGCAAAGAGGAUGCUGACAAAAGAGUACGUUGUUGAGGAUGUUGACGGUGAGAUGACAGGGUCUGAGUGGUCACCCCCGCCUCUACCAUCUGAGCAUGUUCAGCAGCUGAAAGCACUUGGCCUCCUAUGAAUCCAAAGAAGUCAUUUCAUUGUUCAGUGGGAAGAAAUGAUGUAGAGAUAAGACUGGCUCUCUACUUUGGCAGGUCAGUCUCUUAGCAUGGGCUCUGGAUCUUAUGCAGCUUAGCACAACAAACAUGUAGGCAGCUACUGAGCAAGCAAAUCUCAACUGUUUUUGAAUUUGUCGGAUCAUAUCUACAAUUCUCCAAAUCAUACUUCAUAAAAGAAUACACGGGAAUCAUUACCCUACUACUUUCCCUUUUAUUGCCUUGAGACUUGACAUCUUAAGUAAACUGACAAGAGGGACCUAAUGAUAUUUCCCAUGUCAUUGGUUUCCUUCGUGAAAUGUCUUCUGGGAUUUCUUUAGAUUGCAUAUAUGUUUCAUUAUAGGAAGAGUGCUUCCUUCCCCUA